UCCCUGUUUCGAUCGUUUGGUCAAACCUCAAACCUGCCGCCGUGUGCUGUGAGUGUGUUUCCGGAGUGUCGGAAGUUUAUCCCCACCUCGAAGCUAGUGACUAGGCCCAUCUUCUCUGCACCGCUACCGGAAACAUAGCACAGCCGCUGUCCACCGAUUCCCGAUUUCUGAAGAACGACUCCGAGAUCUAGCAAAAGAAGCAGAACUGACGCAAAAAUGACUCCUACAAUCGACCUGAACAAAGCUCCCGAAUGCUACGCCCCGUACAGCUUCGCCCUGUCGGACAAGUACAAAAUUAUGGCCCAGGACGAGCUGCGCGAGGACGACGACAUUCGGGAGAGCGCCCUGAAGCAGUUCCGCGAGUGGAUUGCCAAACAUCCGCUCAUCCGGAAGUGCCGCACCGAUGCGCCAUUCCUGUUGCGCUUUCUGCGCACGAAAAAGUUCUCCAUCCCGGCGGCGACGGAGAUGUUCGAGAAGUACCUGACGAUCCGGCAGGUCUAUCCGCACUGGUUCUUCAAGCUGGACAUCAACGAUCCGGACCUGGAGGCGAUCAUCGACAGUGGUUAUCUGUUCCCGUUGCCGGAGCGUGACGAGCAGGGGCGCAAAAUUAUCUUCUCCAACGCCGGCAAGUUCGACACGAGCCGGUUCACGUCGGCCCAGCUCAUCAAGAUCCACUCGAUGGUGCUGGAGGCGCUGCAGGACGAGGAGGAGUCACAGAUUGCCGGCUAUAUCCACGUGACGGACGACUCGGAGCUGAACAUUGGCUUCCUCGGCAUCUGGUCGUUCACCGACAUCCGCAACCUGGCGCACUGCGUCCAGAACUCGCUGCCGAUGCGCCAGAAGGAAAACCACUUCGUGAGCCUGCCGUCGUUCGCGAACAAACUGUCCGAGUUUAUCCUGUCCGUGUUGAGCGAGAAGCUGCAGAAGCGGGUGUUCGUGCACCGCGGGUGGGACGAGGCGAAGACCAAGAUUGACCCGAAGCUGCUGCCGAAAGAGUACGGCGGAACCGUCCCGAUGGCGGAUUGCAUUGCCCAGUUCAAGAAGCAGCUGAAGGAGCGUCGCGACAUGGUGCUGGCGCUGGACGAAAUGGAAAUUGAGGUCAACAAGAACACGAUCCCGUGGGCCGAUAGUUCGGAUGCGGAUAUAGCGGCCGGUGUUAUCGGCAGCUUCCGGAAGCUGGAGGUCGACUGAGUGGACUUCUUUUAUUAGGAUUCCAGUGUUGUUUCUCUCUCUCUCUCUCACACACACACAGAUUUGUUGGACAUUUCGUAGGAUAGACUAGUAAAUGUUUGUUGUACUUGUUUUAGUAGCUUCGGAAGGCCGCGACGCUUAGUCCGCUUAGGCCGUUAGGGUGAUGUUAUGAUAAGUAAAGCCGAGCCGCGAGUGCUCGACACUCGCCACGCCGGGAAAGGUGGAAUACAGUUACCAAAACAGACGACUGUUUGUACUUGACGAACAUGCCUCCGGUGGGCAGUUCACCAAUGACGGACCGGUCGCGUUAUUUCUUAAUCGCCUCCAAUAGCAGCCAAUGCUGGCAGGCGCUACUUUCGCCCUCCUACUCUCUCCGCCUGAUGCAGAUGAUUAGUUAAGACGCUACUACACACAAUAUGAUAAACACUAAUCGCGCUGUGAUCGAUGAUUGACGGCCGAUCGAUUGGGUUGUCCUCCUACUACUACUGCGCUACGGAUGCGCAUCGUGCUUGGCAGAAUCUAAAUUAUUAUCUACUCCGCAUCGCGGCAAGAGUUUGCUGCCAAUCGUAACAAUCAAUGUGCAGAAUUGUAAU